AAAAAAAAAAUGAGAAGGAAGACGUUAAAAAGGAUGUGCCAUCUGCAGCUGCUCAUCCUUCUCGCCUCCGUGGCCACGGCCACCGCCGCCGGCGCCGGCGUUCACGCCGGCACAGCGUCGUACUACAGCUCUCCGUAUCUACCGACGGUGUGCAACGGAGAUGAUCCAUCCCAGCUUCCUUCGAACGGCAUGUUCGCGGCGGCGGGCGACGAGCUAUGGGACAACGGCGCCGCCUGUGGUCGGGAAUAUACGGUGCGCUGCGUCAGCUUGUCGCGGUCCAUCCCUGGAAACUGCACGGACGAUGAUCCGAUCAGGGUCAAGAUCAUCGACUGGGCACGCUCGUCGAAAUCCGCAGCGGCGGCGUCGGCGUCCAAGCAGGCCGGCGAGGAGGGCGGCGCAUUCGUCCUGUCCGAGAGAGCGUUUAAAUCGAUCGCUAAGCCGUUCGCGGAUUCGAUCGGUGUCGAAUAUCAAGCGUAAGGGAACAA